AUGGUGAAAGUCCGGAAGAAGGGCAAGCGAAUUCCCAAGGGCGAGGGGAAACAAGGCCUUAGAGCCAAGAAGGCCAAGAAGAAGAACGCGGAGGAUCACCGACCAAGUCUGCACGAGUGGCUGGAGCAGCGUGCCGAGGGCCUUGGAAAUUUGGAACUUCGAGAUCUGCCAGGCGGUCAUCGAGGCCUCUGCCUUACACGAGACGUCCCAGCUGGAAAGGUGAUUUUCAGCGUCCCCGAGCAACACUUGCUGAGUGGGCAGAAGGCCUUGGAAGAUGAAGUGGUCCAUGCUGCACAUAAGCGGCUUGAAAAGCUCAAUGUCGAGGAGCCUCAAGGCUUUCUCCUGUGCCUUCGCCUUUGCCGCGCUCACGCCUUGCACCACGAUUCCUUUCACCCAAUGGCGGUGGAUGCCGAGCAUUCCACGCAUGGAGCUCUGGGGUGGCCUGAAGCGUUCCAGCAAAUGUUGGCAAGCACCAGCCUGAAAGAGGAUAUGGAAAAGGCAGAGGAGCAGCUGAGGAACUGGGAGGCAGCAAAGCAAGCGUUGCAGGAGCUGGAUCUGAAGUGUGAUUUGAAAAGCCUCAGAUGGGCACGAGACUUCUGGUGGGCUUCUGCUCCUGCUGACACGAUACUGCCGUGGUAUCACCUGCUGGUGAGUAGCUCUCCAGCCAACAUUUCAAUGGCAGAGCACUACCGACUUGUGGCAUUGAAAGAUCUGAAGGCUGGCACUCCGUUGUCCUUGGGUGCUGGGAUCUACAACAACGCUCAACUCUUGCUCAGGCAUGGCGUGGCUGUCUCCGAAAAUCCCAACGAAGAGAUCCAGCUCAGGCUGUCAGAAGGCAGCCGAGACGGCUGCAUUGGCCUCACCCACUUGGGAGUCCCGGCACAUGUCGUUGACAAGAUCGAGGAAGAGCAAGACACGCAACUGUUUGUUUCGAUCCUGAAGAAGACGCUUGAAAGGAGACGGUCUUUGAAGGAAAGUUUGAAGCUUCUACCCAAAGCCUUGAACUUUACAGUUUGCAAAGGCCCCCUUCAGCGCCGGCGGAAAGAAUACCUGGAGACCUUCCUCGAAGGCCAAUUGGCGAUUGUUCAAAGCACCCUGGAACAGAUGCAGGAUGCAGAUGCGGCGGAUGGGGCGGAGGCCGACGAAGCCGGAGAGGAUCAGCAAGAGGAUGUGGAAGAAGAAGACGAGCAGGAGGUGAUCCGCCCUCGAAAACGCCGACGACGACGCUGA